CCCUCUGAAAAAAGUAAACAAACAAAUAAAAGUGUCCGGGGACGCAGCGCUCUGUCCUGCGCUCCUCUUCUCCUCCUCCUCGAGUCCUCCUCCUCCUCUCUCUCUCUCUCUCCCUCCCUCCAGCGGGGGCUCCUCUGUAAAGCGAAGCUAAACAAAUACAGAUGAGCGCUGGAGCGCGUUCACAAAAAAUGCUGGCAGCGCUGCGGGGCUCCGGAGAGAGAGCGCUCUGCGCGGAGUGCGGCGGGACGGGACGUCGGGACGUCGGGACGGGACUGGACGGGACGGGUCGCGCGCGCUCCUGGAGCCUGCGGGACGGACGCGCGUGUUUUUGUGCACCCGCCGACUCGAGUGCCGCGCACGUCCCCGGGCUGCUCCGCCUCGCCGAGCGCGUCGCCGCGCCGCUUCGAUAAGAAGAGCAAACCUUUUUCUUCUUCUUCUUCUUCUUCUUCUUCUUCUUCUUCUUCUUCUUCCCUCCGGUUUAUGCACCGCGGCUGCCGAGCGCGUUUCUUCUUCUUGCCUCCCGCCCACGAUGAAGGACCCGCAGGCUGCGCACGAGAAGUGGACGAGCCUUUACGCGAAGGAGGUGGACGGCAUUAAAAAGUUCAGGCGGAAGAGCCGCGAGCCCGUCAAGCACGUGCGGAGGAUCAAGAGCGACCUGGGGGGGGAGCCCGGCGCCGACCGCCGCGUGCUGAUGAUGGGGCGCCGGACGGAGGAGCCCGCGGCGGGCGGGCUGCGGGAGCGCGCCGCGCCCCCCCCCGCGGCCGAUCGUGUCCUUUACUUGCGAGACGCGAACGCGGCGCUCGACAUGACGAUUCGCGCUUUCGCCGCGAGCGGCGCGUCCCCGGAGCCGUCAGCCGCGGAGCCCGCGCUCGGCGGCGCGCUGCAGCUCGGCGGCCGCGAGCAGGCGCGCUCGUCGGAGCCGCGGCCGCAGCCGCGCAUCGUCCUGUGUCCGCGCUCCGCGCACGGCGCCUUCGCGUCCGCCUCGCGGGCGCCGCACGUCAGUCACGCCGAGCGCGCGGCGUCGCCUAGGAGACGGCCCUCGGAGACGUCUGGCGUCGUCACGGAGAUCAAAGCGGUCCAGCAGACGCGCAGACUGCUGGCGAACGCGCGCGAGAGGACGCGCGUGCACACGAUCAGCGCAGCCUUCGAGGCGCUCCGCAAGCAGGUGCCCUGCUACUCGUACGGACAGAAGCUGUCGAAGCUGGCUAUUCUCAGAAUUGCUUGCAACUACAUCUUAUCCCUCGCCCAGCUUGCCGACAUGGACUAUACUCCAGACCAAAGCAACAUGAGCUUCACGGAGUGCGUGGAGCAGUGCACGCGCACCCUUCAGGCCGAAGGCCGUUCCAAGAAGAGGAAGGAGUGAAUGUCGGGGGGUCAUGAAGUGUCUGGGAGCUGCUGGGUCAGACGAGGCAUCUCCGUCUCCUUCGCCUGUGGAGACCUUCUCCUCGUCAGUCUCCCUGUCCAGAAUGUCCUUUACCGUGAGCCUUUCUGCACAUGACCAUCACAGCAGUACAAAUAUGUGAAGCGCGGAAUAAUCCGGAAGCUUCACAAUGUCACGUGCAACUAACAGAUGCAGUAUUAGUGUUACUCAGAUCACUCCUAUUGUCAUGCACACAUGUAUUUCCAUAGAAUAAUCCGUUUACUGAUCAUUUGCAACUAAUAUGUAGCUACAGUGGAAAAAAAUGAAGUAUUUUAAGAUAAAUACAUUGUAUUUCAAAUGCAAAUAUAUUCAAGUAUAAUUUUGCGCACAUUUGAGGAGCACUCGGCUGCAGGUAAUUUUUUAAAUUUUUUAAAAAUAUUCAAACAAUUGUGUCAAUCAGCCACCAGCGCUCCCAGGCCAAGGACAACAUUUUGGGAGAAAUGCUGUGGUAAUAACACGGUUACAGGAG